CUGAAAAGAAAUUUUCCAGCGUGCUUGACUCCUUGGAGGACUUCUCCAUGUGUCUUCAGAUCCUCCAAAUCAGAACUUAUGCCAAAUCUAGCCAGCAAUGGAGUUGUCUGUGCUCCACUUCAAACAUUCACCGAAGAGGAGGCGAUGCUGAAAAAUAUGGUGACAAAAUUUGCUCAGGAGCGAGUUGCACCUUUGGUGCGAAAAAUGGAUGAGAAUUCGAAAAUGGAAGACUCUGUAAUACAGGGAUUGUUUGAACAAGGGCUGAUGAGUAUUGAGCUCGGGGAAGAAUAUGGAGGAACUGGAGCUUCAUUUUUUGCAACCAUAUUGGUGGUGGAAGAAUUGGCCAAAGUUGAUGCAGCUGUAGCUCUUUUAUGUGAACUCCAAAAUACACUAACGAAUAGGUUGUUCACCACGUAUGGAACAGAAGAACAAAAGAGAACUUACUUGCCCAGAGUCGCUAAAGAUACAAUAGGCAGUUUCUGUCUUUCGGAGCCCGGAUCUGGCAGCGAUGCUUUUUCUUUGAAGACUCGGGCGGAAAAGAAGGGAGACUACUAUGUUAUCAAUGGCUCAAAGAUGUGGAUUAGCUUAGCAGAACACGCAGGAGUUUUCUUUGUGAUGGCAAAUACAGAUCCCUCCUUAGGAUACAGAGGAAUUACAUGCUUCAUAGUAGAUCGCGACACAGAGGGACUACAUGUGGGGAAGAAGGAGGACAAGCUUGGAAUCAGAGCGUCUUCUACCUGCCCAGUAACAUUUGAAAACGUUAAGGUUCCUGAGACCAGUAUCCUGGGGCAGGUUGGACAAGGCUAUAAGCAUGCAAUUGGAAUGCUGAAUACUGGCAGAAUAGGUAUUGCUGCACAGAUGUUAGGACUGGCACAGGGGUGUUUUGACCACACGAUUCCCUAUACAAAGGAGAGAGUCCAGUUUGGGAAGAGCAUAUUUGAUUUCCAGGGGAUGCAACACCAGAUAGCCCAGGUGGCCACACAGCUGGAGGCGGCGAGGUUGCUGACCUACAACGCAGCGCGUCUUGCAGAAGCAGGAAGGCCAUUCAUAAAGGAGGCCAGCAUGGCCAAAUACUACGCUGCCGAGGUUGCAACACUGACAACUAGUAAAUGUAUUGAGUGGAUGGGUGGCGUUGGAUUCACAAAAGAUUAUCCAAUAGAAAAGUACUAUCGUGACUGCAAGAUAGGUACAAUAUAUGAAGGAACUUCAAAUAUCCAGUUGAGCACCAUUGCAAAGAGCUUAGCAAAGGAGUACUGAAACCAUGAGGACUUCUUGACUGUUAACGGAAGUUAUUUUACUGAACACUCAUUGUGAAUUACAUGCUUAUUUGUAAUUAU